GGCCCAUAAACGGUCUCUCGCAAAGCAUUCGAGGGCUUCCUCUUGCAGAUCGAUGGCGGCUCUCCGAAGAGGGAUGAUGCAAUUCAUCCGUAGCACUGCAAGGUUUAAGGAUCAUCAUAUUCAUGGAAACUCUAAUCUUGACAACUGUGGACUUCUCCGUCCCUUCCAACUCGUUUCCGCAAGAGGGAUCGUCUCCAAGCUCUUCGUCGGAGGGCUUUCGUCCUCUACGACAGAAGACUGUUUAUCUGAAGCCUUUUCACAAUUUGGGCAAGUGAUUGAAGCUAAAAUAAUUAUGGACAAAGUUUCCAAGAGAUCAAAGGGAUUUGGGUUUGUGACAUUUGCCUCAGAAGAAGAAGCCCAAAAAGCUCUUGAAGAAAUGGACCGCAAGGUUCUGAAUGGUCGAGUAGUAUUUAUUGAGCAUGCUAAGGUCAAACGACGUUUCGAUGAUGCUGGCCCAAUUGCAAUUGGACUUUCUAAGCCACCUGGGUGCCAGUGAGAUCUCCAUUGCUGCUUCUUUACUGUGUAUUCAUCCAAAACCUAGACCCAAGAGUUUCCGAUUAGGUUUAUAACCUAUUUUAAAUCCAGAAUAUUCAGGAUUCUUGUAAAACAAAAUUUUCAUUCCCUCAGCCGAAGGGUAAUCUUAGGUUGUCUUCAUUUAUGUUAGUCUUUGUCGUGUGCUGUGUGUUUAAAUUAUUGAAAGCUGUGACACCCUGGAGUUCGUUGACAUAUUAAUGAUAUCAUUAUCAGGUAGCAGUCACUGGAUUUGAGUCAA